GAAGUUAUUUCCCUCUUUUUCAACUACGUACACAAACUGCCGUUUUCUGACAGUGUAUAAAAUAGCUGAAAAUCCUGGGAUACUUCGCAGAAAGUGUUUUUUUUUUUCCCCUCCCCUUGGCUCCCUGUACCACUGCAGGUUCCUGCAGGGCUGGAAGCGCCAGUUCUGUAGGUAAGGCUGCCAUCUGCUGGGGUCCUUCUGCACAGCACCCUGUGCAGCACCCUGCUUUGCCAAGGGGACAAGGGACCUCGAGGGAUCUCACCCUCCGCUGAUGGCCUCUGGAAAUAAUAUUGAGCAGUAUUUCAGUGCCAAAGCAAAGAUCAAUGGGAUGGAUGCUUUUCAGUGGUUUGAGAAAUCCUGCUGGUCACCAGCGAUACCUCCUAGCCCCAGUGCUGCAGUGGCCCUCUUCCCAUGGAGAGUCUGUUCCAGGGUAGGGCUCCUGGCUGUGAUGGUGUCACACAGUGCCUGCAUCCACCAGCUGUUGCUUGAAGGAUGAAAUGACAACACGCGUUUAAUGUUCCCUAUAUGCUCACUCCGCAGCUGGGUGCCCACCCAUCCCCUGGCCGACUGGCUGUUAGCUUGGGGUAUACUGGUGUGAAGCUCAUGGUUUCAGUGCAGGAACUGUAGGAAUACCCUCACUAAAGAGGCCAGUUCCUCUUCUGGAAAUCGCAGCAAAGGCUGACAAUACAUCAUUGCCUUUAGCCUGGAGCCCUGAGUAUCACUGUAUCAAUAAGGUGCAUCAAAUGUAUUAACGUAUGACUUCAGGCUGCAUACACUGUGUUAAAUCUUAAUUAAAGGAGAGUAGACUGAGAUUAGAUGUAACAAAGAAAUUAUUUACUAUGAGGGUGUGAGGCACUGGCACAGGCUGCCCAGAGAAGCUGUGGAUUCUCCAUCUCUGGAGAUGCUCAAGGCCAGGUUGGAUGGGGCUUUGAGCAAUCUGGUCAGGUGGGAUCUACCCCUGCCAUGGCAGAGGGAUUGGUACUAGAUGGUCUUUAGGGUCCCUUCCAACACAAACCACUCUGUGAUUCUAUAAUGGUGGCCAAAGGCAACUUUGUGGGGUAGAUUACUAUCUCAGUCGGGGCAGUUUUUUUGACAGGGUACUGGGUUAUACCCAGCUUGGAGCAGGACCAUUAAACCAAGGGUGCUUCCUGAACUGCUGGAAUUCUGUGGGAAACCAUCUUGUGUACGUGUGACUGGAUGGUACAAGGCCCGCUUUGCACUAAGCUCACUAUUCCUUCCCGCUCAGACAGCAUGUCCUUUCUGUUUCCCAUUGCCAAGCCAGGAUGCUGCAAUGGGGCAGUGGCGGCCCAUGGGACGGGGCAGGAGGGUGCUCUGCAUUCCCGCCAGGUACUCAGCCCCCGCUGCUCAGUGCCUCACAGCACAGCAGGCUGCCCACCAACAUGGAGCCAGGCCGUGGCAAGGCGAGGCCGCACGUGCAGCACGUUUAUGUCCACAGCUUUGGCUCACACCGCUGCGGAUCCAUCAUCCGCUAUGGCAGGGGCUGCCAGCAGGCUGAGAGAGACCAGGCUGGGAGCCCGCUUUCCCGGCAGAGCUUCGCGGACAGGACCAGGGGAUGGAGGGCUGCCCCGACGCUGAGAGAUGAGGCUGACCCCAGGCCGUCGGCUGCUGCUGGCAGGGUGCAGGCCGCAGGGAGCUGUGCUGGGGUGAAGCGCGUCAGCCUGCGCUGUGGUGACCCUCGAGAGGAAGAGGCUGAUGCCUUUGACUUUCCCUUCCCUUCAAGAAAAGUUAAAAAAGUAAUUAAACGAAAGAAGAAGAAGUCCAAAGUCUGGCUUAAAGUCUGGAAAGUAAUUUCAAAAAUGCUUGAAGAAAAUGAGAAGUUCAGACAUCGACUUUUGACUUGCAGUCAGUUCAAUGGAGAAGGCAACGAUAUGAACCAAAGUUCACAGAAGGAGGCACUCUCCCUGGACAGGGAGGAGUCCAUCUUUGGUUGGGUGUAGCAAGAACACAAAGGAAGAUGCAAGCCAAAAGGAAAUAUAAAAGUAGUGAAAUUGUUUUCAUCUAGUUCUUACCAAAAUUAGUGAUAAGACUACAAAUGAUUUACAUGAACGCUGUUUCUCUGUUCUUUGUUUGGCAUAUAUGUUUCUGCUGUUCCAUAGGUUUGUUUUUAGAAUGGCUUAAACAGCUCUGUUGCAAGACAUUUGAAGUCAUUAAGUGUAAUGUUUCGCUUAGUUAUUAGUUUUUGAAAGCUUUUUAAUGAGCAUAGUAUUGUGACAGUUUGCUUGUAAAAGAAUAAAGACGCACUUUUAGUGUU